AUGAAGUUCGUCACGGCAGCUGGGCUCUUCCUUCUCCUGCAAAGUGUAGAGGCUACGACUGUCAGCCCAACCAAGCCCAAAUUCGAGCUAUUGACCAAUGUGACUGGUUCAUUGGAUGACAACGGACAGUGCCAGUGUACAGUGUAUCUGCCAGACACCACCUUUCCCGUAGAGCGGAUGGAGAAGCUUGAAAUUACAGUUCAGGAGCUCUCAAAGACAUUUGACACUGAACUUUCCAAAGUUAGUCAGUACACCAAAGAAAUUGAAAUAUAUGAAAAAAGGAUUAACAACCUCACCAUUAGGAUUGAGCACAUGGAACAAACCAGCAUAUCUUACACUGAACUGGAGUUCCAGCUGAUCAAAGCAGAAAUCGCCCAAAUGGAGAAACUGGUCAUAAAACUGAAGGAGUCCCUGACGGAAAGCAAUGUCAUCGUUGAGGAGCUGCAUGAAGAGAUUAAGAAUUUGACCAUCAUUGUGGAUCAACUGGAGUCACUGGACAAGCAAAACAUCCUUGUGAUCCGCAGAGAGAUUGUGGCGCUGCAGAAUAAAUUGCGGGAGUGUGAAAUAAGUAAAAACCAGACCACUAUCAUCCCCAGCUUCCCACCUGGAGACUGCAGACACGGCGGAGUUGCCAACAUCAGCCAGCCCUAUAUGAUCCAGCUGAACUGGAGGGGGUUUUCGUACAAGUCUGGUGCCUGGGGAAGAUAUUCGUCUCCCCUUGCCCCUGACCAGGAGCUCUACUGGGUUGCACCCCUGAAUUCCGAAGGCAGAUACUUGGAAUAUUAUAGACUUUACAAUUCUUAUGAUGAUUUAUUGCUCUUUAGACACGCAAAAGAAUAUCAGAUUCAAUAUGGCGAAGGCAGUGGCACGGUUGCUUACAACAAUUACUUGUAUGUUAAUUUCUAUGGUAGCAGGGACAUAGGCAAGAUAGAUCUGAGCAACAACAAAAUCAUUCUGCGGAAAGCUCUCCCAGGUGCUGUGUACAGCAAUCGUUUCUCUUUUGCGGGUGUCCCAUGGCAAGACAUUACCUUUGCCGUGGAUGAAAGCGGGUUGUGGGUCAUCUACUCAACCGAAGCCAGCAAUGGUAACAUUGUGAUCAGCCGGCUUAACGAAACAACCCUUGAUGUGCUCAGCACGUGGGUGACCAAGCAAUACCGGCCAUCUGUGUCCGGGGCAUUCAUUGUGUGUGGGGUGUUGUACGCCACGAGGCCGGUCAAUACUCGGAAAGAGGAGAUCUUCUUCACUUACGACACAAACACCGAAAAGGAAGGCAGAAAGAGCAUCAUUGUGGACAAGAUGCUGGAAACCCUGCAAAGCCUCAAGUACAGCCCGAUCGACCAGAAAUUGUAUGUGUACAACGAUGCUUACCUCCUCCAGUACCAUCUGGUUUUGAGCGGACCCAGCUCCUAGCAUGUGCCGGGCUCUUAGGGCAGUGCUCAUGGGGCGCUGUGGCGAAGUGCCGUG